AUGUCGGGCUCGGCGGCCUCGGCCGAGGCGGGCGGCCCCGGCGGGGAGAAGCGGCCCGAGGCGCUGGAGCUGCUGGAGAAGUGCGGCGUGUGCCGCGAGCGGCUGCGGGCCGAGCGGGAGCCCCGCCUGCUGCCCUGCCUCCACUCCGUCUGCCGGGAGUGCCUGCGGGCCGAGCCGGCCCCCGCCGCCGACGGGGAGGCCGCCAACAACAAAGAGGGACAAGUGGUGGACUGCCCUGUGUGCAAACACCAGUGUUACCUCAAGGACAUCGUGGAGAACUACUUCCUGAGAGACAGCGGGGCGGAGGCAGCCACAGACAGCAAGGAUGCAAACCAGUGCUGCACCAGCUGUGAUGACAACGCCCCUGCUACCAGCUACUGUGUGGAGUGCUCAGAGCCGCUGUGCGAGACGUGUGUGGAAGCCCACCAGAGGGUGAAGUAUACCAAGGACCACACGGUCAGAUCCACAGGCCCGUCAAAGUCAAAGGAGGGUGAGCGCACAGUCUACUGCUCCGUGCACAAGCAUGAGCCCCUGGUGCUGUUCUGUGAUACCUGUGACACUCUGACCUGUCGGGACUGCCAGCUCAACGCCCACAAGGAUCACCAAUACCAGUUCUUGGAGGAUGCUGUCAGGAAUCAGCGUAAGAUGCUGGCCGCACUGGUGAAGCGCCUGGGGGACAAGCAUGCCAACCUGCAGAAAUCCACCAAGGAAGUGCGCACCUCGAUCCGGCAGGUGACGGAUGUGCAGAAGCGGGUGCAGGUGGAUGUGAAGAUGGCCAUCCUGCAAAUCAUGAAGGAGCUCAACAAGCGGGGCAAGGUGCUCGUCAAUGACGCACAGAAAGUGACUGAGGGGCAGCAGGAGAAGCUGGAGCGCCAGCACUGGGCCAUGACCAAGCUGCAGCGCCAUCAGGAGCACAUCCUGCGUUUCGCCUCCUGGGCCCUGGAGAGUGACAACAACACUGCCCUGCUGCUUUCCAAGAAACUGAUCUACUUCCAGCUGCAUCGUGCCCUCAAGAUGAUCGUAGACCCCGUGGAGCCCCAGGGGGACAUGAAGUUCCAGUGGGAUCUUAAUGCCUGGACCAAGAGUGCGGAGACCUUCGGAACAAUAGUCUCAGAGCGGAGCGGCACCCUGCAGGCCGCAGCCCCCAACGCGCAGAUCCAGCGUGCCAAUGCCACCGGCCCGGCGGCGGCAGGAGGAGGGGUGAAACAGGUCUCCGGCACUCCCCAGGGUGUGCAGCAAGUCUCGAUGCAGUCCACCAUCAUCAGCAAGGGACAGCUGGCCCCAGGAGCCCUACUGCAGCCCAUCAUCUCUUCCAACAGCCAGGCAGACUGCUUCAUCAGUGAGGGUAGCGCCCUGGCAUCCUCUGCUGUGCAGCCCAUGGACACCCAGGAGGAAGGCAUUGGAGACCUGGACAGUACCGAGGCCCACGUAUCGGAAAUGAAGAGGCCCAGACCCUCGGACGGCAAUGUCAUGCGCAAGGUGCCGCGGGUGAGCCUGGAGCGGCUGGACCUGGACCUGACAGCCGACAGCCAGCCGCCUGUCUUCAAGGUCUUCCCUGGCAACAGUAACGAGGACUACAACCUGAUAGUCAUUGAGCGUGGGGCCCAGCAGGCUGCCGCCCAACCCCCCAGCAGCAUCUUGCCCGGAGCCGUAGUCAAGGAGGAGCAGAUGGAGGCAGCAAUCGAUUAUCCGACAGAGGAUCCCAGAGACACCAAGCCCGUUGUCCUGCCCCAGGACGUCCUGGCGGCCGAGGGCUCCGUGUCUCGCCUCAUCUCCCCCAGCGGCAGCAUCGGCUCCAGUCUGGACGUGACACCAGGCCAGAGCCAGGAGGGGGCCAUGGAGACAGCCAAUGCUGCCCACUGCAAAGUGUGCCGGAAGGCAGGCUCCGUUGUGAUGUGUAACCAGUGUGAGCAGUGCUACCAUUUGGACUGCCACCUCCCGGUGCUGCAGGAGAUCCCCAGUCAGGAGUGGAAGUGCCUGCUGUGCCAGGAACUGCCAGCGCCUGUUGAGGAGGACGGCACCAACUUCUCCGCCUCGGAAGAUGACGAGGGCCCCAAUAAACUCUCCCCCUUGGAGCAGAGGAAGUGUGAGCGUGUCCUGCUGGAGCUGUUGUGCCAUGAGCCUUGCCGGCCUCUCCACCGGCUUUCGACCGCCACGGAGGGUCAGGACACCAUCGACCUGACCCUGAUCCGAGCCAGGCUGCAGGAGAAGCUCUCCCCACCCUAUGGCUCCUCCGAGGAGUUUGCCCAGGAUGUCUGGCGGAUGAUCAAGCAGUUCAACAAGCUGACGGAGGACAAGGAGGAUGUCCAGUCCAUCAUUGGGCUGCAGCGCUUCUUCGAGGCCAAGUGGAGCGCCUCCUUCGGCGACCGGAAGUUCUCCUCGGUGCUGGUGGAGCCCAUCCCGCUUGAUGAGCAGCGGAGCGAGAGCGGCAGCAGCUUCACCCACCGCAGCUCCCCUGCUGGCUCCCUGGGCGAGGCCCCCGCUGCCCUGGCAGGCGCUGGGGAGGAGGAGUGA